AUGGAUGUGGACAAUCCAAGCAGCCCAGUGGGCACCCCCGGCGAGGACCGACGCAAAUCGGGUCGCAUGACGCGCCGCCCCGAGGUCUUUUCACAAAGCACACACUCCGCCAACGAAACGAACGCCGGCGGAAAGCGCAAGCGUGGAGACGUACUUGAACCUGGCAACGAUGACGAUGACGAUGACGAUGACAUGUCCGAGUCCGAGAGCGACGAUGCUGGCGACGAUGCUGGUGAUGAUGAUGCCGACGAGGAGGAAUUGAAGGCCAAACGCCGCGCAGCUCGCAAGGCUGGCCCCAAGAAGCCCGCGACCAAAAAGGGGUCGCGCGCUACAAAGAAGCCAAAGGUUGUGGGAAAUGGAGUAGGGAGACAGCUCGCUUUCAGGCCCGCUGUCAAUGGCCGACUUCCAGCUUCGCGUUCCCGCAAGCCCAAAAUACGACCUAGCCUGGCAGCAGGUGAGCGUGGACUAUACGCGGAGGUUUUUGGAAAGAACAACAAUACCGACACAGCCGCCGCACAAUGGCUAAGUCUCUACCAACGUGACAGCUGGGUGGCCAUGCGCGACUUGAUCAACUUUAUCAUCCGUUGUACAGGGGCCGAAUUGGAGGUGAAUACAGACGAAGUGAAAGAUGUGGACCAUACUCCCAAGCACAUUGCAAAUCUCCAAAAUGACUACCACGAGCAGGGUAUCACCGAUUACCCUUUGAUCUCCCGUGACAGGAAAUACAGGGCGUUCCAACCUGUUCUCGAAGAAUUCAUCAGUGCCCUGAUCCAAACCUUCCAUCAUUCUUCGGUUUUGUAUACCGAUGAGGCUCUAUUUGAGAAUAUCCAGAUUUGGCUUACUUCGAUGUCGACAGCCUCCUGCAGACCUUUUCGGCACACAUCGACCAUCAUUGCUUUAGCAAUCAUGAGCGCCCUCUGUGACAUUGCACAGGAAGUGAGUUCAACCGUUACAACCUCUCGCAAGCAGCUCGAAAAUGAGAAGAAAAAGAAGACCGUGAAUAAGGGUCGGGUGGAGGCAAUCCAGACGGCUGUUAUAGAAGGCGAGCAGAAGGUUGAGCAGCUGAAUGUCUUUAUCCAAGAUGGCUUUGAUACAGUUUUUGUUCACCGCUAUCGCGACGUCGAUGGUGCGAUCAGAGCUGAAUGCAUGCUUGCCUUGGGCCGAUGGAUUCGUACCUAUCGAGAAAUGUUCCUGGAAGCCCAGUCUUUGCGCUACCUGGGCUGGACUCUUGCUGAUACCGUUGCCCAAACUCGACUGGUGGCCUUGACGCAGUUGCUACCACUAUACGAGAGCAAAGACAAUGUCGGUGCACUCAACUCCUUCACUGAACGUUUCCGUCAGCGUAUAGUGGAAAUUGCUGCUCAGGACGCGGACAUCAAUGUGCGUGUGGCCGCGAUUGAACUUCUGAGUCACUUGCGGGAAGGAGGCUUUCUCGAACCAAGCGACAUCGAUGCUAUUGGCCGGUUGGUUUUCGACCUUGACCCUCGAAUUCGGAAGGCUGCUGGCGGAUUUUUUGUAGACAAUGUUCAGGACGCUUUCGACUCGAUGGUGGAGGAAGUCGGAGACGAGAUGAACGAAAUGUUUGCCGAUGACGACGAAGACGAUUUUGAGUCACCAAAGCGCUCGUGGAUCAAGUUCAAGUGUCUAGUGGACAUCUUUCAGUCCUACGACGGUCAAGUGACCGAAGAAACGAAUCCGAUAACCACAGCGCGUGACGUUCUUGCCGGAGCGCCCGCCAAUUCCCGCUUUGUUUUGGCUACCGAGGCUAUUUAUCCUCAUAUGGAAGAACUUGCACAGUGGCAGUCGUUGGCUGGCUUCCUCUUGUAUGAUCAUUCGCAGAUUGCUGAUAACCCGUCUGAAGAUGACAUGACAGGUGUUGUUCGCAACCUGUAUAAGAUGCAAGAAGGCCAAGAGUCAAUCCUGCUCGAGAUCUUGUGUGCAGCGGUCAAACUGCGGGUACUUGAGGUUGCCAAGUCAGACAUCGACAAGCGCGGGCGCAAGAUUAAAGCUUUGACUGUUAAGAUCCCUGAGCUGCAGGAGGAAAUUUCCCACAACCUCGCUCAGAUCAUUCCUCAACUCUUGAACAAGUUUGGGUCCGCCCCGGAAGCAGCUUCUGCCGUCCUCCGACUCGAACAUUUGGUAGACUUGGACACCAUUCAAGACCUGCAAAAAGAUACCACAGCCUACUCAUCUUUGCUCAAUGACAUCAAUAAGCAGUUCCUGACACAUUCUGAUCAUGAUGUCUUGGCGGAAGCUAGCGUUGCUUUUUUGCAUGCAAAGAGCUCUGACGAGAUGCGCGAGGCGCUCGAAGGCAAGGUCCAGGAAUUGUGGGAUGAUAUGGUCGAGACUUUGGGCGCAUUGUCUCGCAAGAGGGAAGUCCAAGCUGGCAUCUCCAUUUCCGACCCAACUCUGACCGAUCUCACCAAUACUAUCACUCGCAUUUCUAACCUUGCGGGUAUCACGGACUGCUCAACUAUCCUGGAAACGGUGCCAACUUCCCGAUCAAAACAUAAAAAGGAUCAGGGCGAGGCGCCAUUCAACACCCUCAUUCAUCUUACACGACGUGCUCUUUUGCCGGAGGAUGACGAUGAGGAUAUAGCGAGAGCGGAAACCGAAUUGGUGACCAACAGCAUGCGUACCCUGCUUUUCUAUUUCAUGUGGAAGGUACAGGGUCUCAUGACUGCCUUGAGUGAAGGCACAGCAACCUUCAAUACAUCCUACUUCGAAGCUCUCACAAAGUGCCGCGAGACCUUUGCCUCGGCACUCCUGGACAUCAUGAACGGGCUCUCCCGCCUGGAUGACUUGCGGUUCGCCGCUACAACAACCUUCCUUGACCUCCAAACUCUUUUUAGCACACUUCGAAAUGCCGGCCAGUGCGUUGGCAAUGAUGAAGACAUCAUUUUCCAGGCACAAAGCCUCGUGCACGAAAUUGCGCCAGAUUCCCAAGCCCUCAUCGCCAAGAUACAUGCCAUUGCUGAGCGAACCUUUGCCAAGAAGGCUAAGCACGAUCUUGAGCCUGCCGAGGAUGAUGCACCCGCAUCCGAAGAUGAGCCCGAGGACGAUGAAGAAGGCAGCGAUGACGAGGAUGAAGUCGUCAUGACCGAGCGUCUUCGCAGCAGUAUCGUUGCUGAGCAGCGCCUGUGUGAGCUAACCGGAAAACUUGUUCUUGCGAUCAUUGGCCGUGUUCUAGAUGCUUCCGGCUCGAAGCGCGGCUCCCUAAAGAAGCGUCUUCUUCGCAACAAGACCGCUCUCGGCCAAAACUACCGCGAGGUUUUGUCAUACCUGGAAGAGCGCAAGCCUCGCAGUGCACUACGCAACAAGGGAAAGCAGCCCGCCAAGAACGCACAAGAAGGCCAAGCACCUGCGAUAGGGGGCAAGGACUUCAAAUCAGCCGAGCGGGUGGAAGAUAAUGAAGAAGAGGAAGGAGACCACGAUGAUCCUAUCGAGGAGGACGAUGAAGAUGAUUUGCGGGCACGGGAGCUCGUCGAGGACGAAAUUGUGGAUGAUGAAAAUGAGGAUCUGAAUGGUCCUGAUCUGGUUGACGAUGAGAUAAUGGGUGACUGA